AACCGCAACAGGCUUACAGGCGCGAACACGGAUCUGCGCCGUAAUCCGGUUCCUCUUGCCCUUCCUUCUACUCCUACUCCAUAACUACCGCUGCGGAUUCGCGGCGAAGCCCGGAAACAAGCAAGCGAGCAACAGCCUCGCGCCCUCGCAUCAGAUUGAUAGCUUUUGGGGCUCCAAGCUUUCGAGAUCGCCCUUCCCACGUUUCAGAGAUGGCGAACAGCUCCUACGGUUCUAGGGAAGGGCUGACGGCUCGGUCAGCUGCUUCAUCAAGUUCCAGCGAAAUUUCACUCCAGAUCGACCCAAUCAAUGCUGAUUUGGAUGAUCAUAUUCUCGGACUUCGUGGACGAGUCAGCAGGCUAAAAGGAGUAACCGUUCAUCGCAUCACGAGUGAAGGCUGCAGCCGUCCAAUCAAGUGUCGUACGGAGUUUGGACAAGGAAACGUCGUACACGCAGUGAUUCCGGUUGCCAAUGAGAUCAAGUCAGAGGCAAAGCUCCAAAGUGAUUUCAUAUCUCAGCUGCAAAUGACUCUGACAAAGGCCCAGGCAGGGGUAAAGAACAACAUGGGGAAGAUAAACAAGAAAAUCAUACAGAAUGGUUCGAACCACCUUGUUCAUGUUGUUCUCUUCGCUCUUGGCUGCUUCUUUCUAGUGUAUGUCGUCUCCAAAUUCUCACGUACAUGAAGUAGCAAGAAAAAUGUUGAUAGUUGUAGCUGUGGCCAGGAAAAAGGGAAUGGGAUCAAAUAGCAGUACUCGCCCUCGCCUGUAGCUGUGGGCCUGUGGCAACUUCAGCAGUAUUUGUCGGCAUACCUUGUUGCUAGAAUUAAUGAUUUUUGAACUUCUUACAAUGGUUUUCACGGAGUUUGCAUCAUAAAGGUGGUUUUCACCGGAUACGCUGCCAUUAAUGAUAGUUGAUAGAAAGGGUGUUUUCUCUGUAUUUUGUACACCAAUUUGAGUUAGUAUGAAUAAGUCAAAUUUGGUUUAUGCGCUA